UUUUAUUUGGUGAAAGGAAAGGAUAGGGUGAGAGGGUCAUAGCCAAAAAACAUCACACCCUUCACUCCCUCCUUAUCUCACAACAACAACCAUGGCAGCAGCGGCAGCUUCCACGGUGCUACUCCCUCAUCGGUUUCCCACCACCACCAACAUUACUCGUUGCUCUGCUUUACCUUAUCUUCCUCCUCGUGUCUCCACCACCACCACCACUUUGUUCUCACCUUCCCUUAAACACUUUUCAGAGUCCCGAAAACCUUCUCUGCUUCAGACAAGAGCUUCUUCAGAUGAGACAUCUUCAGUAGAUACUAAUGAGUUGAUCUCGGAUUUGAAGGAAAAGUGGGAUGCUGUUGAAAACAAGUCCACUGUAAUUAUCUAUGGUGGUGGGGCUUUAGUUGCUGUUUGGCUAUCGUCAAUUCUCGUGGGUGCCAUCAACUCAGUUCCAUUGCUUCCCAAGAUUAUGGAGCUGGUUGGGCUAGGGUACACUGGAUGGUUUGUCUACCGAUACCUUCUGUUUAAGUCUAGCAGGAAGGAGCUAGCUACAGACAUUGAGUCUAUCAAGAAGAAAAUUGCUGGAACUGAAUAGAAGGUACCAAGUCAAGUUGAUCCUCCUCCAACAUAAUUCGUUUUGUUUUGCUGUAUCUCCUGUAUAAGAGUCCCAUUAUGUAGAUUCCUCUCAACCUAUAUAUUCCUUGUUUGAACUCCAUUUGUUAUUAAAAUAAUGUAGCAAGUUUUAUGUA